AUUUCGACUGUGUUGUCUCUCUAUGAUCUUAUAGAUGGCAGUCUAAUCACAUUGUUAUGUUCUUUAUUGUGAUUUGAGACAACCUUAUAUUAUUCAAAAAAUAUUUCUACAUGCUCUCGUGAAACAGAUCUGAGAGACACGGGUCAACUCGGAACAAAAGCGAGAUCGUCCGCCACGAUAUGAUAGUGACGUCAUCGGAUUUCCUUGAGGAUUCCCAUGAUGGUUGUGACGGGUGAUCAACACAAUUAGUUGGGUUUAGAGUGCUAUAGAUUCAGCAUGUCCAGUAGUGAUGUUACAGAUAUUGAAGACUUGUUAUGUUAUUUAGAUAAAUGUAUUGAAGAUAAACGCCAGUCUUUAGAUAAAUUAUGUCAUUCUAAAGAACUACUUUUUAAACCAUGGCCAAAGCCAGAAGAAAAAGAAGUGAAAACAGUUCCACCAGUAGUAAAAGAAGAAAUUUAUACACCGGAAGAAAAAGAUGGAUUAAAUUUGAUCAAUGAUUUGUUGAAAAAAGCACAGAAAGCUAUUAUACUCCAGGAGAAAUUGAAGAAAAAGAAUGAAGCUGCAGAAGAAAUGGGCAUCACAAACAAAAGUGAUAAAGUGAUACAGGACAUUUCAAAUGCAAGUCCUCAAGAUAACCAAGGUCAGCAGAUAGUGUCAGAUGAAAGUAGAAGUGAAGAGAAGAUCAAUUCAAACCGGGAAGCAUGUGCUGUUGACAAAGCCUCUGAAAGAACACCCAGUGUGAAUGAAAAGUCUUUGAAAGAUUUAAAAAAUCAUACAAAUGCUACACAAAUUAAGAAUUGUAGUCAAACUGCUAAAAAACCUACUUGUGCUACAAAAUCUCAGUCAUCAGUUCGAAAUGCUGACUCCAAAACUCACGCUUCUUCUAAACCUGCAAUAAAAAUCUCCUCCACAUCAACAGAAAGUCGUCCAACUUCUAGAAAUUCCACCAGUAGUACAUUUAGUCGAUUUAGCAACAAACAGAAGAAAAUUCCAGUUCACAUGACAGCACCAUUUAAAACUGAUCCAACGAUUAAAGUACCCAAACGACCAUCUAGUUCCAAACAAUUUAUAAAGCCUGAAAAAGUUGUAAAAUCCAAGUAUAUGAAUUCUGUAAAACAACUGUCCAGUGCAAAAACCUCAGCUGUUCCCAAAUCACACACCAUUUCCAGUAAAUCAAAGAGUAAACCCAGCAAUGAAAUUGUCUCCUCAACUCAGCAAUAUAAUAAUAAAAACUCAAGUAAUGGGAUGCAUGACAUUCAACCAGCCAGCACAGACCAUACUUCCUCCAUGGAAAAUAUACCAAUUGUGAACAUUGGUGUAGAGUCAAACUCAGUCAUUGAUAUUGAUAAUCUUGCAGCAGAAGUUGAGAAACUGGUGGUAGAUGAGAUUGAAGACAUUCCCAAUGAAGAAAAAUUAGACGUUCCAAAAGCUUUCAAUCUUUUGCAAGAUGGAUCAUCACUACAAAUACCAGGAAAGUUAAAGAAAUUACUCAUUAAAAACAGAGAACUGCGUCAAACUGUUUUAAAAGAGGCUGUCACUAAAAAAGUUGGCAACGAUAGUAGAGAUAACUUUUUAUAUAAAAUAGAAUCCAUGUUUGAUAAAGGUAAUGAUUUAAACAUCCAGUAUAGAAAGUUACAAUGUUUAAAUGCACACGCAAAGUUAUUGCAACUUCUACAAGAUGUCCAAUUGGAAACAGUUAACGAAUUAUCCACCCCCUUUGAUGUUUUAAACUCUAAAAUGAUGGUGGAAUUCAUUUUGACUACUUAUCAUGAAUUAGAAGAAGAAACAAAACAGAUAUUAAAAGGUGGUAAGAAGAUAGUUUCUAGUCACCAACAUAUUGUAGUCAAACCUAGUACCUCAUUAUUAUCUAACUGGUUACCUAGUCAUUUAGCGACAGCAGAAUACCAGGCUCCUAAUGAGCUGGUAUACAGAUCAAGUAAAGAGAUUCAGAUAUAUUCUACAGCCUAUUUUAAAUUCCAAUGGUUACAAAUGCAGAAGUCGAUUAUGUCAAGUGUUAAAUCUGAUCUGUUAACUGAAUUGAAAAAGUUGGAUCCAAGCUCAAGAGAGUUUAUACCAUUGUAUCGAGGAAUAUAUUCAUUAUUGACGUGUCAUGGUAAUUUCCUACCUUCAGCCAUAAAAGAAGCAUAAACUAUAUUAUCCUAAAAAGUUAACUGUGAUAAAAUAUAUUUAUAUAUCAUACUUCUUUAUAUACGACAUUAGUACUCUAGUGGGAGGUUAACCUUGAUUAUACAGGGUGGUCAGCAGGGAGGUUAACCUUCAUUAAACAGGGUGGCCUUAUGAGAGGUAAAUCUUAGUUAUGCAGAGAGAGAUUGACUUUGAU